GCCUCCUCUGCUCUGAUUGGUCCGCUCGAGAGCGAUGGCGCUGCUCACCCACUUCCUGGCUUGCCUCUUCGGGACAGGGUCUUGGAUGGCCAUCAACGGUGUCUGGGUAGAGCUCCCCCUGCUGGUGAACCAGCUCCCCGAGGGCUGGUACCUCCCUUCCUACCUCAUCAUCAUCAUCCAGCUGGCCAACGUCGGGCCGCUCUUCGUCACUGUGAUGCACAAGUGGAAGCCCCGCCUGCUGAGCGAGGUGUCCGUCAUCUGCGUCCUGGUCUCCAUGGGAACCGGGGCCUGCUUCCUUUUGGCCUUCUUGUGGGACCGCACCACAGUGGUGGCCGGACAACGACACAGCACGGCGUUCUUCGUCCUCACCUUCGCCCUGUCCCUGGUGGACUGCACCUCUUCCGUCACCUUCCUGCCUUUCAUGAUGCGCCUCCACCCUCGCUACGUGCCCACCUUUUUCAUCGGCGAAGGCCUCAGCGGCCUGAUCCCAGCCCUCUUCGCUUUGGCCCAGGGCUCGGGAGUUUCUAGGUGUGUCAAUGUAACUAUACCAAAGAACGCCACAGCCGCCGACGCAAUCCUCGGUAACGCGAGCGCGGCAGACGUCGACUUCCACACGGAGACCCAAUACUUCCCCGCUCACUUCUCCAGCCUGGUCUUCUUCCUCGUCCUCUCGGGCAUGAUGUUCUGCUGCCUUGGGGCUUUCUUCUUCCUCAACCGGCUCCCCAAGGUGUGGGAACUCUCCCAGCAGAAACUCUGCGUCAGCAACAUCACCCUCACCUCGGUCCAGAACUCCUCCGCCGACGGACAAAGGCCCACGGAGUUUGGGGUGUUCGCAGACUACCCGGCGGAUGGACAAACGGCAAGCUCCGCUAAGACUGGGGACAGCGUAGGUCCGGAGAACGUCACCUGCUCUAGGGCCAAGUUCACCUUUGUCUAUUUCCUCGUCGCCUGGGUGAACGCUCUGACCAAUGGUAUCUUGCCCUCGGUGCAGAGCUACUCCUGUCUCCCGUACAGUAACAUGGCUUAUCACCUAGCGGCAACGCUCGGCUCCAUGGCCAAUCCCCUGGCGUGCACCUUGGCUACCUUUCUGCCUAGCAGGUCUCUCCCCGUACUGGGGACCCUGGCCCUGACUGGGACCAUGUUUGGAGCCUAUAACAUGGCGAUGGCGGCCAUGAGCCCGUGUCCGCUGCUGCAGCGCUCGGAGUGGGGGGACGCCAUCAUUGUCAUCUCUUGGGUGCUCUUCACCGGAACGCUCAGCUACAUCAAGGUCAUGACUGGCGUGAUCCUCCGCGGCCACAGCCACAGCGCCCUCGUGUGGUACGGAGCAGUGGAGCAGCUCGGCUCGUUGCUGGGAGCUGUGGUCAUGUUCCCCUUGGUCAGCGUCUACAGCCUGUUCAAAUCUGCCGAUUUCUGCAACUUCCAAUGCCCGGCGUGA